AUGCCGUUCAACGAACAGCAGAAGCGGAACCAGCGCCGAGACUCCUGGCCCCCUACUGUCGUCCGCAUCCCAGAGGAUCUUGAGUCCAUCGACGAAAACCCCAUCUCAUUCUUCCUGACCUCUCCCGAAGACAUGGACGACUUCCUCUCCAACGAUGAGCUGUCAGCGGGCAUCGACCCCAAACUGCCUGAAAUAAGAGAAGUCUCGCCAAGCAGUCUGCAACGCGUGCCGAGGCUUGAAGAAGACGGCGAGGAGUUCGAGGUGCCUAUGACUCUACAAGAUUUCACGGAGAGGCAUGAAAGUGGGAGGAAAUCGAGGACGGGACAAUAUAAAGAUGGCGCGGAGAGGUUAACCGGGCUAGGCAUCAUGCUCCCGGAACAUGCAGCGAUGCGUGGACGGCCGAGAGUCAAACUUGUCCCUGAAGGACGCGGGCGUGGACGUGGCAGGGCUAGGACGUUGAGUGCGCGGCGGCCACAGAGUUGGAGGGAACCGAGUCCGGAAAUUUUCUCGAUCAAAGAGGAGCGCGAGGAUGGGGGCGAGGUUGGGGGGACGGCGAUGGGGAGGAGUGUUUCGACGCCUGGGACGAUCAGCGGGGGGAUCUUGAAGAUGAGUCCCAGCUUGAGUCUGAGUCCAGGGCCGAAGAAGAGGGUUCAUUGGGCAGAUACUUAA